UCAAAGUCAAGUUGUAUGUAAUUGAAAUCUCAAAAUUUUGUCACUGUAGUCGACUGUGCAGUUCAAUAAUUAAUUGUCUAUUUACAUUGACCAGCUAUCCAACUAUUAUCCGUUUUGUUUUGACUGUUUUCCUGAGUUUUUUUUAUUGCAACCCAAGAAAUACAGAAUUAAAUGAAGUGAUUAAUAUUCAUAAGUGAAUCUAUACGGAAAGAUUAACGUGUUGUAAUCUUUAUAAGUGUAAAUAAGGACAAUGAGUGAACCAGCGAAGCUUAACGGGAACUCUGACCCCAGUUUAUCGAAUGCGGCAGUUAUAGGCACAGGCGAAGUCCCUUCGUUCAGGAACCCUAUACCAUCAACUUCGUUUGCUAAUAACAAUAUUGGGCCUCCUGUUCUUCCGCCACGACCAGACUAUAGCAUGCAGCCUAGUUACGGCAUGAAUUCGGGUUACGGAUAUGGUGGUAUGGGAGGAUCGUAUGGUAUGGGGUAUGGUGGUGGGGGAUAUGGAUACAGUGGAAUGGGAGGUGGCUACGGAAUGGGGAUGGGGAUGGGAAUGGGAAUGGGUGGUAUGAAUUCAUAUGGAGGAUUUAAUAGAUAUGGACCUAUGUACGGAGAUAUUGAAAGCAGAUUUAUUCAAAUGGCAGAAGACAGUUCAAGACCCGCUUUCGAUUCAAUACAAAGUGUUGUAAAUGCUGUCGGUAGUAUUGCUAUGAUGUUAGAAAACACAUUUUUUGCUUUAACUAGCUCAUUUAGAGCUAUCCUAGGUGUAGCGGAAAACUUUGGUCGCUUGCGAUCAUUGUUCGCACAAUUUUGGUCCACAUUUGCAGUUGUUAGAAGUCUUAAUUGGCUUGUCAGGAAACUGUUUGUGAUGCUGGGGAUCAGAACUGAAAAUGAAUUUAAGGCCUGGGCCGAAGCGGUAGCAGCGUCACAGACGGGAUCAGCGACCCCAGAACAGCGCGCCAAAGGCUCCAGCUGGCCGAUUCUUCUCUUCUUCGGAGUGAUCGCCGCUGCUCCAUAUAUUGUUCUCAAAAUGCUCAAUGGACUGUCGACUAGCAUAAAUGAAAGAUUGCAAGAUCCACACACAUGGCAGAAUCCACUACGCGCAGUUGCACAACACGACUUCCAAGCUACCUCACCCCAGGAGAUCAGCUUCAACACCAACCAAGUUCUGACUCUCGCGCCACAACACCUCCAGGGUAAUCUAUGGAACUCAGGCUGGCUGAUGGCUUCGUCAGACAGACAAACGGCUGGUUUAGUACCAGUCAAUUACAUAAAAGUUAUAAAACCUACAAAUCAAAGUGAGAAUGAUAACAAUCAAAAUCAAGUCAGUAAACCGACGGAUAAUCCUGCUCCAGAAAAAUGCACGGCUGAAUUAGAAAAAUAUUACGGCCAGGAUUUAUAAUUAUUUAAGAAAUAUUUUUUAGACUGGCAACAUUGUUUUAUGUCACUGUGACACUAAUGAUAAUCGAGUUUCUAAGGUUACAUUCACAUGUAAUUAAAAUACAGGUUAUAAAAAUUAAAUGAAUAAGAGCACAUACAGCAAAGCGGAGUACAGAGUAAUUUACAAUGGAUAAAUCAAUGCACGUCGCUGUAUUCAUUCGCUUUCUCGGUUGUGCUUGAGCACGGAUCCAGUAUUGAGUUUUACCUAAUGUACGGUGCGUGUAAUCCCUGUCCAAACAUACUCUGAGCUGCGCUUCAGCUGUGCCGCUUCUGAAUAAAAUAGCAUUCCAACGCCUACGUCGACGUACAUAUAUCGACAACAUAUAUAUAUAAUAUAAAUAAUAACAAUAAAUUGUAAAAUAUGUUGAUAUGUUACUGCUCUUUUUGCUAACUCAUAUUACAAAAAGUGCCUUAUGUAUGUUAUGUCUAAAUGAUCUUUUAUAUACAUCGAAAUUCAUUCAUUCAUUUCAAAUUCAAAUAUAUUGACAUAUUGCAGUUUGUAUGCAGUAGUUAAGUGUUGCCAGAAAAAAUAUGAUGUAAAUAUCUGUUACAAAAUUAAUAAUAUUAUACUUAAUAUCUCAAUUAGAAAUCAGGGGUUGUAUAUAGUAAUAAGGUCAGGGGGUUUUUUAUCACUUAGUAUAUAGAAAUGCAAUUAAAUCAGAUUAUAUGCUGUCAUGUAUACUUUGUAAAUUAUUUAUGUAUUAUGUAUUUGAAAGAAAUUUAAUAGUCUAUGCAAUAAAUUUUUUAAAAUUAUUUGUUAAGAAUAAACUAAAGUUAUUAUGAGAUUUGUGGCUAAUUAUACAUAAACAAUACAAAGCUUGAAGACAGAUUGUUAUUUAUUUUGCCAUUAGAGCUCUCUCAUAAAAUGCAUUUAAUUUAAAAAAAAAACUUGCCUUUGGCUGAAGACAUAUAUGGGAUGUGAUAUGGACUGAUAUUUGUAAUAAAUGAUUUAUUGACUUGUGA